UCGACUACGAUUGGGGUCUGCAGGACGAUUUCAUGGGUUCGGCAAAAAUUGAUUUGACACAACUGGAAUUGGGUAUUGCGGAAGAUGUAAAUUUGGCACUGCACGACGUUAAUCAUCCCGACAGGCCAAUGGGUGAAAUUCUUGUCAAUUUAACACUAUGGCCGCGUAGUCAAGAGGACAAAGAACAGCAUUUCCAAAGAAAUUCAAAAUUGGCUGAAUCAUCAAAACGUUUAAAGUCUCAAAUCUGGAGUUCAGUAGUCACGAUAUUGCUGGUUAAAGCCAAAGGUUUACCGCUGGCAGAGGAUGGCAAUAAAUUAAAUGAUGCCCAUAUUAAAUUUAGAUUAGGAAAUGAAAAAUACAAAAGCAAAUCAUCAUGGACUGAACGUUGGCUGGAACAGUUCGAUUUGCAUCUCUUCGAAGAGGAUCAACAGCUGGAAAUCUCGCUGUGGAAUCGUAACACCCUCUACGGUAAAGCUUCCAUAGAUUUAAGUGUAUUCGAGAGAGAAAAUACCCAUGGCAUAUGGAAACAAUUUGAAGACUGUCCCGGUGAAGUCUUCCUGAUGUUAACGAUAAGCGGCACCACAGCCCUUGAAACUAUUAGUGAUCUCAAGGCAUUCAAGGAGGAUCCACAUGAAUUGAAAGCGAUGACGGAUCGUUAUCGUUGGCAUCGUUGCUUUCAAAAUUUACGGGAUGUAGGGCAUUUGACGGUGAAGGUUUUCGGGGCUCAAGGUUUGGCUGCUGCGGAUAUUGGCGGUAAAUCUGAUCCGUUUUGUGUGCUGGAAUUGGGUAAUGCACGCCUGCAGACACAAACGGAAUAUAAGACUCUAACACCGACAUGGAAUAAGAUUUUUACAUUCAAUGUCAAAGAUAUCACCCAGGUCCUGGAGAUCACCGUCUACGAUGAGGAUCGUGAUCAUCGUGUGGAAUUCCUGGGAAAAUUGGUAAUACCAUUGUUGCGCAUUAAAAAUGGUGUGAAGCGAUGGUAUACUUUGAAGGAUAAAAAUCUGUGUUCGCGGGCCAAAGGUUUAUCACCACAGAUUCUAUUAGAAAUGAAUGUGGUCUGGAAUGAAGUGAGAGCAGUAUGCCGUGUCCUGCAACCCAAGGAGGAGAAAUUAAUCCAACAGGAGGCCAAGUUUAAAAGACAAUUAUUUUUACGUAAUGUUAAUAGACUGAAAGUGAUAAUUAUGAAUAUUCUGGAUGCAGCACGUUAU